AUGUCUUCCGUACCGAGCACGAUGAAGGGUGUCAUUAUUGACAAGACAGGUGGCACUGAGGUCCUUCAGUACAAGAUUGAUUUGCCUGUACCCGCGAUUGUCGAUGGCCAAAUCUUGGUGAAGAACGAUUACAUCGGGGUCAAUUUCAUUGACACAUACUUUCGAACUGGUCUAUACCCUGCUCCCCAGUUCCCGUACAUUCUGGGCCGAGAGGCAGAGGGUACCAUUGUCAAGGUUGGAGGCGGAGACGUCUACGGUCUCAAGGAGGGUGACAGAGUUGUCUGGGGAGCUGAAGGCGCCUACGCCGAAUACGCCAGCGUACCCGCGGCCAAAGCCAUCAAACUACCCUCCGCUCUCCCCGCCAAAAUCGGCGCAGCCGCCUUCCUCCAAGGUCUCACAGCACUAACCCUGAUCCGCGAAGCGCACCCCGUGAAAAAGGGAGACUGGGUCCUCGUCCACGCAGCCGCAGGCGGCACCGGUCUCUGGCUCGUGCAACUCCUAAGAUCCAUCGGGGCCAACAUCAUCGGCACAGCCUCCACACUCGAAAAAGUCGAUCUCGCGCUCAAAGCCGGCGCCACCCACGUUAUUAACUACAGCCACGAAGAUGUAAAAUCCCAAGUCUUCGAACUCACCGACGACCAAGGCGUAGUCGCCGUCUUCGACGGAGUCGGGAAAUCGACCUUCGAUCUAAGCCUGGAUGUCGUGGCUAGGAAGGGAAGUGUGAUUUCCUUUGGCAAUGCGUCGGGUGCGGUACCGCCUUUUACUAUUGCGAGAUUGGCCGCUAAGAAUGCGCGUUUGAUGAGACCUACCCUGUUUAAUUACAUUGCUACGCGUGAGGAGUUUGAGGGGUAUGUGAAUGAGUUACUCGACUUCGUGUUGAAGGAUGGAUUGGAUGCUAGGAUUUAUAAGGUGUAUAACCUUAGCGAUGUUGCGAGCGCGCAUAAUGAUUUGGAGGGCAGGAAGACUACUGGAAAGUUGCUUUUGGAUCCUUCGAAAUAA